AUGAACCAGCUCAGUGGGAUGCUAUCUAUCAGAAAUAUUGGUAGAGUUCAGAGUAUGGCAGAAGCUACGGAGGCUAGCCUUGUCGACAAGCAAUACCUCGAGGAGUUGGUACUGGAGUGGCGAGUGCAGACAUGCGGCUGGAGGAUGGUUGAAAACGAAGUUUUUGAAGGGCUGCAUCCUCCUUCAAGAAUUGUUCGACUUAGAGUCGAAUGCUUUGGGGGCGAUGUUGCGCCAAGCUGGUUUAAACCUGAAAGCCUACCAAAAUGUGAGAAAUCUGCAUCUUUCACGGUGUCGCUCACUCAGCUGGUGCUAUGGGAGGUUGGCAUCGAAGAACUCACAACUCUUGCCGACGGUGUUGCCAUGGAGGCAAGCAGCAGUGGUGGCCAUUCCCCACUUCCAAGCCUAGCUAGCUUAAGACUUUUUAGCUGUCGUAAGCUGACAAAUCUUGACCACUUCUUGCGCCCGCAGUAUCUGCCAUUCAUCAAAUCGAUCGAGAUCGUGUGGUGUACAAGUCUACUGUCGAUGCCAGUCUCUAGUUUUGAGGGUUUUGUUUGUCUCCAAGAUCUCAAGAUCCAUUCCUGCUGGAAGUUGGUGUGCCCAAGCGAAGCAAUUGUUUUGCCUCCUUCACUCCAACGACUUUCCAUUUGCUACUGCGGCGAACUUGACAAGUCAUUUCGACCGGCCUGCUUAGAGAACCUUGCCUCUCUAAUCCUUGUGCAAUUGGAAGGCUGUCACAACGUGGAGGUCGUUGCACUGAACUGCAUCAGCACAAGCGUCAGAUGCCUGGUCCUUCGUCACUGUUCCGAGUUAGCAUCCAUUGGAGGAUCACAAGCUGCUCUUUCAUCCAUACAACAUGUUGACAUAUCUGACUGCCCUAAGCUUGUUGAGGUGCAACAACCGUUGUUAAAUCAGGGAUUGUCGAUGCCUAGGGACAAGGAACUGCAUACAUUUCUCCAAUAUACCUGGUAG